AUGGAAACCUCCAAAGACGAACCGGCCCCGUCAUACGCGGAUAUCUUCCAAGGACCCGCGAACUUUUCUUCUGGUUACUCCCGCGUCACACAGGACGAACCCGACGUCGAAGCCGGCCCCGUCCACGAACAUGGCGAAAGCGGCAUUCCACUUAACCCCAGACCUGUGGACAGCCAAGGCCAUGUACACUGUGAAGUCUGCGACGCACAGACGGCUAGACGGGAGAAGCAAAAAGCAGAUCAACAUACGUGCAAUAUCGUCUCGGUAACAAUCGCUCUGAUUUUCUUAUUUGUUACGGUUUUCGGGAUGGUUACUGUUACUGCUGUCACUGGGAGCAAGAAAGAAUAA